AUGGACUACACUGCACAAGCGACCCCUCCAAUGGGUCAAUCCCCAUUCUUCUACUACAACCCGGAACCGAGUCCCGAGAGCAGACAGCAGGGCCACUUCACCCAGCAACCUCAUGGUCUCCCCAUGGCCGUCAUCCCCUCGAGUCCCGACCACAUGAUGCACUACCCGCAACACAUGUACCAACGACCACACUCGACCGCCGGCACUCCGAUGUACCACCCGCACGCGCCCGCCUACAUCUCCCAGGCCAUGCUCACACCGGUGGCAUCGCCCCGUGCACAACAACCGAUGCACGGCCAACGCCAGCUCGUCUCGUUGAAGACCCAGACCGACUCGUACUUCCCCACAACCCCUGCUCUGUCGGCGUCGAGCUCCUUCAGCUCGGCAGAUAGCCCGCCCAGCUCUUCCGUGUACCUGCCAACCCCGGUCAAUGGUGUCUUCUUCCCGAAGCCCAUCCACAUGACUGGUUUCCAAGCUGUCAAGGCUGGCUGCGAAGACGAGGUCUUCACUGAGGUCUUGGCCGCCGGUGACUGGACUCGACCUGGCUCUCCCCCAAUGACCCCGGUCUUCAUCCAGUCCAGCGCUGCUGCAUCUGACGACGGCUCUUACGAACUUGCAACUGGAUCCUGCCCAUCGCUGUCUCCUUCCCCCUCUCCCGUGCCUCGAUCUGUGGCUUCGGAGCAGGACGUCUGCGAUCCCAGGAACCUCGUGGUCGGUGCCAUCACCGUCAACCCUGCAACCCUCCUUGCCAACGACAACGCCACCAAGGGCCACAGCCACCACGACAGCGUGCACAUUGCCACUCCGGAUGAGCUGCACUUUGGCGGCUUCCCCACUUUCGAGCCCUUCUUUGAGCUGGACGAGGAAGACGACUUCGGCGGGCUGGUUGCCCUCAGCGGCGGCGACAACGUGCACUUCAACAGCAGCAAGCGCCAGAAGCUCGGCGAACUCGAGCCCACCGGCUUGAUCGAAGACGAUGGCUUCUUCAGCGAGGAGAGCUUCAGCGACGAGGACGACAUGGCCAUCCACGGCUUCUCCUCCCCGUCUUGCUCCGAGUUCUCCGGCGUGGAGUACUUCGUAGAGGAGCCCAAGAACAAGCGCAAGGCCGGCAAGAAGGCGUCCGAGAGCUCCAGCAGCACGUCGAACCAGACCGCUGGCGAGCAGCCGUCGACGAACACCAUCUCCACGGCGCCCAGCACCUCCUCUUCCGACGGCACCGAGACCAAGCCCAGCACUCCCGCCGCCCAAUCCGGCAACAGCUCUCGCCGCGGCCGCAAGCAAUCCCUCACUGAAGAUCCAUCCAAGACGUUCGUCUGCACGCUCUGCAGCCGCCGCUUCCGCCGCCAGGAGCACCUCAAGCGCCACUACCGCUCGCUGCACACGCACGACAAGCCCUUUGAGUGCACCGACUGCGGCAAGCGGUUCUCCCGCUCCGACAAUCUCAGCCAGCACCAGCGCACCCACGGCACCGGCACCAUGAUCAUGGGCGUGUUGGGCUCGCCUACCGACGGCGGCGCCCCGCUCAUGCACCCCGGUGGUCCUAUGGAUGCCGUCAACGGCGGUGACGCCGGCAGCUUGAUCCGCCCUAAGAGCCAGCACCCCUACUCCUCGCCGCCGCUUCAGCAGUCCCCACCGCACCACUACCAUCAACAGCAACAGCGUGUCAGCCCCGACGCGGGCGAGCUCGGCGCGAUGCUGUUCGAUGUUACUGCCCAGGUGUCCGGAUCGUCGACGAGCGCGUCUAGCAGCGCCUCCUUCUCCGACGACUCUGCGGAUCGCAAGCCAUCGGCGAAGAAGCGGAAGAGGGAGGAGUAA